AUGUCGCUUGAGAUUCCGCCCAGCAGUUCAAAGAGCCCAAGCUCGGGCUUGUUCUCUCCUGGGUUUGCAAAUUCCCCAGCCCAAGGCAACAUGAACGCCGCCUGGGACACCAACGAGGCCAACGGGCACAACAACGCACACCAGCCCGAUUAUUUUUCCGCAGACCUUGACUUUGACACGGCGUACAUGCUAAUGACUAAUGAACUCGAUGCGGGCGUUCCUUCGAACGCCGAGCUCUCCGCCGCGAUCAAACACUCCGCCGGCUCGCAAACUACCCCUGGCUCCAGUUCUACUGACCAGUCGACCACGGUCCCGCAGACACCGCCGAUAACCAAUGUCGUGUCCACGGGGCUGUCGCCUUUCUAUAGAUCGCCGAAACUUGUCCAGGAACAGCUUUCGCGACCCUUGACCCCGGAAAACACCAAACUUCCCGACAAAAACAGCUUUUUUGCGCGAUCGUCCUCGUCGUUUCAUUUUGGCGAGUCAAGUCCUGCCCAGGCCACGUCGCCUGUGUCGCCAAACACAAGGAAUUUGCUCACCACGUUCAACAACCUGAGCUAUUCUGCGAACCUGGUGGGUCUGGCUCGACAGCAGUCGUCAGAGCUUCUUUCCGUGUCCGAAACGUCUGCGCUUGAGAACUUUCUGGACUCGAUCGCCAACGACCAGAACUUGUCGAACCUCUCCAAACACUGGCACUCUAUUGACCCUCUGGCCAGCUCAAUAAAGGACUCGAAAAAGCUCCCUGAGACCGAGCUGGAGGUGAUCAUCAAGAGAGACGACGGGGCGCAGUCUCUGCCGUCGACUCUGACGCAAGAGGAGAAGCUGGCCCAAGAAAACUGCCAAAAACGACAACGGAGCAAUUCUUUUUCCAAAAAGCUGCUCACAGAGGAGGAGAAGAAGCUGAACCACUCGGCGUCGGAGCAGAAACGGCGCGCAAUGAUAAAGAACGCAUUUGACGACCUGUGCGAUCUCAUAAGUUCGUCUCCUGUGUAUCUACGACAGACCAGAGGCGAUGGUAGCAAGCCGAAAAGCAAGCGCAAAACAAUGUCCAAAUACAACGUCAUGAUGCACUCGAUAGAGGAAAUUGAUCGGCUUCAAGAUGUUAAUAGACGGCUCAAGCAGCUGAUAGGGUAA